AUGUAUUCCGCUGGGUUUGGCGGCGGACGGCGACCGAUCGUCCAGCGCUUCGAUGAAUACUACCGAUGCUACCCUGUCAUCAUGGCUCCAGGCGCGGAGCGUCCGGAACUCAACUUUGGCUCCAAGAUCAUCCUGCCCCCGUCAGCGCUGGACAAGGUGUCGAAGCUCCACGUCCAGUGGCCGCUAUUAAUGGAGUUAAUCAACGGCGAGAAGGGGAAGCACUCGCACGCGGGUGUGCUGGAGUUUAUUGCCGAGGAGGGAAGGGCUUACAUCCCCCAGUGGAUGAUGGUCACACUGGGUAUGGAUGUUGGGGACAUGAUUCAGAUCCGAACCACAUCCUUGGAGCUCGCAAAGCUGGUCAAACUGCAGCCCCAGUCUACAAACUUUCUUGACAUCAGUGAUCCCAAAGCCGUAUUGGAAAGAGCAUUCCGAAAUUUCGCUACACUGACAAAGGGCGACGUCUUUAGCUUCGAGUAUAACGACACAAUCUACGACGUGGCCGUCCUGGACGUCAAGCCCGAAACGGAGAAGAUGGGUGUCAGUAUGAUCGAGACCGAUGUGUCGGUCGACUUUGCGCCCCCGGUUGGCUACGUGGAGCCUGAGAGGCAGAGCGGUACCAGCACACCGCGGAGUGGAAAAGCCGGAGUGCCAGCCGGAGGAGUCGUUCACAGCCAAGGAACCAUGGCGCAGGCCAUCAACUACGAUUCCAUCGCCCCUAGAGUCACAAGCACAGCAACAAACUUUCUGGGUGAAGGCCAGCGCUUAGCCAAGAAGGGAAGCAAGAAUACAACACCGAAGCCAGCAACACCAGUCCCUGUUGACUUGUCAGCGCCACCGCCCAGACGGCGUGAUGGAGCACCAGCGCCGCUUCGACUGCCCCCUAACAAACUCUUCUUUGGCUACGAGCUGGUCCCGGUCAAGACCAAGGACGAGAAGGAGGAGGAGGCGAACAACGCUACCAAGCCGCAUUUCGCGGGUGCUGGCCAAUCGCUACGUGGGGCUGUGAAGAGAAAGGGCGACGCAGACGAUAAGUCGAAGCCCUCAGAGAAGAAAGGUCCAAGCGAGGGAAAUAGGCUGGAUGGUCGACGACCUCGAUAA